AUGGAAACUAACGAUCUCACAAUGUCCAAAUUAACUAUAUUAGUAUUUUGCCUUCUUGGAAUAAUUAGUGCGUGUGUGGGACAGACUCCUGUAACAACUUCCAUGCAGUGUUCAGAAAUUUUAGGCGAAUUACCAAUAAUAAAUAUUUUUAACAUCGAUGACUUCAUUGGCACCUGGUAUGACAUUGGUAGAUACUAUCAGCCGAAACAAUCUGGUCAGUGUAACCGAGCUGAAUACUGGAAACCGGAUGCAAAUAGUCAAUUCACAGUUGUGAACAGACACGUUGUAGACGGAAGAUGGGAUUUCGUAUCAGGAACAGCCACACCUACGCCCGGUGUGAAUGGACAAUUUACGGUUACAUUCACUGAUGGAGGCCAAUCGAGAGAGUCAACACUUCGAGUUUUGACUUUUACUCAGCAUUACGCAGUUUUGUUCAGUUGUAGUCCACUGGACGAUGGAAGCGGAAGCCAAUUGGGCAGUUGGAAAAUGAGCCGAACGCCUUCUUUAGAUCCACAUUAUGAGCAGCAAAUGGAUCAGUUUAUUGCCGACCAGGGCAUUCUUGAUCCUGAACUAUAUUUUCCUACAUCCCAGGAAUGCACAGUUCAAGAACCCAUCGAACUGCCUGGAGCUUGUGACACCAUUAGUAUCACCCAUGUUUCCGACUUCAAUAUCUUGGAAUAUUUAGGAAAAUGGCAAGAAGUAGCUAGAUACCCACAGACAGCACAGACUGGUCAGUGUAACCGUGCUGAAUACACUGCUGGGGUACUUCCUGAUGGCGCGGUCUCAGUAACAAACAGUCAAGUUACUGACGGAAAACUCCAAACGAUAUCAGGACAGGCUACUGUUAGCGACGAUGGAACCGGAAAAUUGCGAGUUACUAUCAACGAUCACACCGUGGACUAUUACGUCCUUGCGACCGACUACAAAGAAUAUGCUCUUGUGUACAGCUGCUCCAAUGUAGGAAACGGAUAUCGACGAGUCGGCAGUUGGAAGCUUAGCAGAACCGAAAAACUGAACCCAGAUAACAAUAAUGCGAUUAAUGAAAAAGUCCAGUUAAGCGGCACCUUAGAUAUAUUCGAAGGUUACUACCAGCCCACAAGCCAGGAACCAGACGACUGUUAUAACUACCCCGAUUUUGAUCAAACAUGGGAAUACGUCGAGCUUCCUGGAGCUUGCGACGAUAGAAUCAAAGGAAUGAAGGAAUUCAAUUUGGAUGAAUACAUGGGGGAAUGGAUAGAACUCGCUAGAUACCCGCAGCCAACACAAACUGGUCAGUGUAACCGUGCUAAAUACGAGUUACUUCCUGAUGACACCAUCUCAGUAACAAACCGUCAAAUUGUGAACGAAAGACUUGCAACGAUAUCAGGACAGGUAGUUCUUGCCAGCACAGAUGGAACUGGAAAGCUGCAAGUUACUUUCAAUGUCAAUGGCGAGGAUAGACGGUCAGAUUAUUACGUCCUUGCUACCAACUACAACAGUUAUGCUCUUGUAUACACCUGCGAUACUUUAGAAAAUGGAAACAGACGAGUCGGCAGUUGGGUGCUUAGCAAAACAGGAACACUGAGCUCUGAGGACCAAUCUGACAUUGAUGCAGUCGUCAGCAGCACCCAAGGUCUCCAUAAAGAAUACUAUCAGCCCACACGCCAAGAACCAGACGAUUGUUUCUAUUAUCCAGAGUUUGAUCCAACAUGGGAUUACGUCGAGCUGACUGGAUCUUGUGACACCAGUAUUAAAGGAGUUGCGGAUUUCGAUGCGGAAAAAUACAAGGGUGAAUGGAUAGAAGUCUCUAGAUACCCGCAGCCAACACAAAGUGGACAGUGUAACCGUGCUAAAUACGAGUUACUUACUAGUGGCGCCGUCUCCGUAUUGAAUAGUCAAGUUGUUAAUGAAGGACUAGAAACGAUAUCAGGAGAAGCUGUUGUUGCCAGCAAUGAUGGAACAGGAAAGUUGGAAGUUACUUUUAAUAAUGUAAAUGGAGCAUCAGACUAUUACGUUCUCGCAGUUGACUAUGAAGAAUAUGCCCUUGUAUACAGCUGCUCCAAUGAAAGCGGAAAACGACGAGUCGGCAGUUGGGUGCUUAGUAGAACAGGGACUCUGAGCGCAGCAGCCAAUAAUGCAAUUGAUCAAGUCAUAAGCCAAACAAACGGUCUAAUUAAAGAGUAUUACCAACCCACAAGUCAAAGUUUUGCAUCGUGCUUCUACUAUCCAAAGUUUGAUGAACCACAGCAAUACAUCGAACUGCCUGGCCCCUGCGACACCAGCAUCAGAGGUAUUCCGGACUUCAAACCCUCUGCUUAUGAAGGCACGUGGAUAGAAGCCGCUAGAUACCCACAGCCGACGCAAACUGGACAGUGUAAUCGUGCUAGUUAUACUCCAAUUGCUGGAGGCGCCAUUUCUGUGAUGAACAGCCAAAUUAUAAAUGGAGAAAUGACCACGAUACAAGGAAUAGCCGUUGUUGCACGCGACGAUGGAACUGGGCAGUUUGAAGUUUCUUUUAAUGUCAAUAAUGAGAUCAGGCGAUCCAACUACUACGUACUGGCAACCGACUACCUCAGUUAUGCACUUGUAUACAGCUGCGCCAAUAUAGACAACGGAAACAAACGACGAGUUGGCAGCUGGAAACUUAGUAGAAGCGGUACACUGAGUCCCGAAGACAUUACUGCUAUUGAUGAAGUGGUUAGCAGAACUCAAGGUCUCAAUGAAGACUAUUACCAAAACACGGAUCAGACCGAGGAAACGUGUUUCCGUUAUCCCAACAUUACUCUAAAUGAUGACAUCAUAAUACCUGGCCAGUGUGAUCAAACCAUUUCCGGAAUUCCGGACUUCAACCUGAAUCAGUUCCAAGGAAACUGGUACCAGAUUAAAAGAUACGACCCUGUAACAACCACUUGUGUUGGUGGGAGAUUUACUCCAAAAUCCGACAGUAUCAACAUUAUUUCAUACGAAGUGGUCAAUGGAGAGUUAUUGAUUACGGAAGGAACAGGCAGAAUCAAUUCAACUGAUAACUCGGGUCAAAUAACUAUAACCUUGCCAGUGGCGGGCUCAGAAGAAAGUGCUGAUACCAUAGUUUAUAUACUGGCUACAGACUACACCAGUUACGCAUUAGCAUACAGUUGCAACAACGUAAACGGCUUUCACCGACAAAUUCGUGCUUGGCAGCUGAGUCGUGGAAGGACUAUGUCACCUGCUGGAGAGACAGCCAUCGCAGGUGUGAUACAACAAAGACAAGAGCUCCAUGAACCGUAUUUCAGAACAGUUGAACAAACUGGUAUUUGUCCAGAACCCAGUUCAGCAUUUUUAUUCAAAAGCAGUAUUGUUGUUCUCUUUGUAUGCGCCAUAUUUCAAUUAUUGUUGUAA